CUCUUAAACGCAGUAGACAGAUAUAUAAUUACAUCCUUAAAGCUAUUCAUAGUAGUUCUAGGUUCUCAAGCCCUAAAGUAGGAUAUAUUUUUCUGUGCGAUUUCGUCUGUGGUGUACAACAUAUCAAAUUAUUUUUUGUGCGGAGGAUAGUUGAUUUCAAUUUUGUUUUCACUUUUAAGAGCGAUCAAAGGAUUCGAGAAAAGGAUUUUAAAAUGUCUGCGGGUGAAACAUGUUCGAAGAUUAUUGUGGUGACCAUUAACCUUAUUUUUCUGCUUUUUGGUCUCGCGGCCUUGGUGGCAGGAAUCGUUUUCAAGGUCGGAGGAGCCUGGAGUACGGUCAGCGAUUUCCUAAAGAUUGCAGACGAGAACUCAGAGAUCAAAAACGCUGGUGAAGCUCUUGCUCUUGGUGCCAUCAUUUUCGGCUCUAUCAUUGUGGUCAUCGCCAUCACCGGCUGCAUCGGAGCCUGCUGCAAAGUCAAGUGCCUCCUGGUCCUGUAUGGUAUAGUAGUCAUCAUCAUACUCCUUGCAGAGAUUGCGGUCGUCAUUGUGGUCGGCGUCAAGUCGUCAGAUGUUGAAAACAAAACUGAUGAAGCCUUAUUAAAGACACUCGUCAAUUAUAAAGAAAACAGCACUGACGAUAUUUCAAGGGCAUGGAGCAUUGUCUUUAAAGAGUUUAAAUGCUGUGGCGUGAAAGGGAACGUCGAUUUCCGUAACUACACCUCAACAUUCUAUGCUAAUGAAAGACCAGCACAGUAUAAAGGCUCCAUCUACUAUGUUCCAAUCACCUGCUGCUCAAAGUUCAACUUCGAAGCAAAGAAAUCCUUAUCUUCAUCUGACUUCGAUACCAACAAAAACUGUUUGACUGCACCAAACAGUGAGGCAUAUGACAAGGGCUGUGUGAAGAGUAUCAUCAACUCAGUUCUGGACCACAAGUGGGCUUUCAUUGGUGUCGGCAUUGCCAUCUUUUUCAUUGAGAUAUUGGUCAUUCUUCUGGCCUUCUGCUUAUGCUGUCGUUCAGACAAGGACCAUCUUGUUUAAUAUCAGAUACUUGUCAUCGCCAUGGCCUUUUAUCUAUGUUCCAGACACGAUUAAUACUAACGUCCGUCGAAUCAAAAGCAAAAUAGCCUCCGAAAUAGCAGACAUAUUUUCAUGGACAAGCUCUUAUACAUUUCAUUCCAACAUCAUAAUAAGACAGAUAUGAAAUGGGACACAUAAGAUAUUCGCCUAGGAAAAUCACAUUUUUAAGGUUGUUUUUUUUUAUAGAAAAUCGUUUCUUUAGUUUCUUUAUGCAAGUGCAUUUAUACACCAUGUCACACUGGGUAAUCCGAUAUAAUUAUACUGGUGAAGUAUAGUCCCUAAUAGUCAUUGAGAUAUUAACAUUACAGUAACUAGUUUAGUUGAUCGAUUCUACAAUUUGAAGUGUUAAAUAUGUAUAUAUAAUUUUACGGUCCAUUAAAAGUUAAAAACUACAGAACUGGAUCAGUGCCAACUUAAUUAUUUUUAUAUUUAUUUUAAAACACUUGUUUAAAAGCAAUAGAUUUUGUUCCAAUUUUUUUUUUUUUUUUUUUUUUUAGAAUGGUACCUUAUUCUUCAUGUACCGGUAUUUAAUACAAUUAUUAUAUCUUAAAAAAAAAGAAGAACAGCAUAAUAAUGUUUUAUUUGGUUGCCUUACGCCAUUUAUAUUCCUUGAAUGCAAUGACUGAAUGACAAAAUGGUGCUUAUUUUAAAUGUAAAUAGUUUAUAAAUAUAUUAUAGCAAGCCUGGUUGUUUGUGUGCGGAAUGUGUUAUUAUUGAAUAGCUUUAAUGAUAUAUUUCUUUUUAUUUUUUUUUUAUAUAUAUACUUUUUUUUUUACUCUUACAGAAUUGUUCUAAUCUAUUCCAUGCUCUCUUGUUUAAGAAUUAAUCUUGCGACAAAUAGGAAUUCAUCUUUAUCAUUUAUAUUGACCUGUUAUAUAGCUACAAUUUAAGGUUACCACACCAAGAUAAAAUCUAAUAUUGAAUGGUCCAUCAACAGUGCAAAAACAAAUCCGAUCUGUUGAGUAAUAGUUCUCCAAUUUCACAUUUUUAUAUAAAACAAUAGAAAGCUAAAUGAUGCAAAUAUUGCCUUGAUAUAGACCGACUUUUUUUUUUGAUAAAUCUCUCUCAUAAGUAGACAGGAUAGGAGAACAGUAAUUUGGGUUAUUCAAUUUGUAUUAUUAUUUUACUUUUAAUAUUUCCAAACUCGUUAUAUUGGAGACUAUUUGUAUUUGUGUUGUAUUGAACACUUGGCGUUUCCUAUGAUGCUGUGAUGUUUCAACUGUUAUACAUUUGUUAUUCUUUUUCUUGUUAUAUUUUUUUAUAUGAAUGUUAUAAGAAAACCAAAGGGUAUAAUAACAACUGAGCUUUAAAUAUGUUAUACAUGAACAAUAUAUGUGUGGUCAUUGUUACAACUUUUUUUGUUUUUCAAGCGUAACUUUUUGAUGGCAUGGUUCUAAACUAAGUGCAUAAUAAAAUCAACCUUCUCCCAGAGGCGGUGUGAGAAAAACGUGCGCCAGAGGCAAGGUACUUUAUUGGCGCCCUCCUCCCACAUUUACCAUGAACAUAAUUAGGCGCCUCUCUAUGCGUGACGCCCCACUGAGGUUAGCGCCAGUGGCAUCGUGCCACACUUGCCCCCCCCCCCCCUCACUGGGCCUCAGCUUCUCGAUAUAUACAGCACUGUUCAGUGUUAAGUCUCAGAAAAAUCAAGAAAACUGCAUUUUGGCUUUUAAAUUUUUUUCUUCGACCUGUUGUUUGAACUUAACGGCGGAGGAAUGCAGUGUACAAAUAGAUGUAUUGAUUUUUUAUAUAUAUUAAUGUUUGUGUUUUACUAAGCCUUUUGCAACAGUAUAAUUUUGGCUUCAAAAUAUCCCGCUUGGCAAUAUUUUCUUGAAUUGGACACUUUUUUUUUUGUCGCACAGUAAGCCAAAUUAAAAUUGUUUUUAACUUUCUGUUGAAUGAGAGACAUAUCUUGUUGGUCUGACAAUUUAUUCAAUUUGAACAUUCCACUUCCCAAGAAAGCCAUUAUUGUUCUAUUGUUUACACUUAUAAAAGAAAAAAAAAAGCCAAUUAUUUAAAGCAGAA